CAAAGAAUUUGUUACCUAGCUUUUCUAACGGCCUAUAUUAGUUAAAUUCCAGUUGUAAUUUGCAUUUUCUUCGUAAAAAAUAACAUAUUAAAACAAUUUUAUAACAAAAAUUAGUUCCAAUUUGGCAAAGAAGGGAAACAAUAAUCGUGUUGUUGCUUCGUUUGAGUUGAAAUACCGUAACCAUGUAAGAGAUCUGGUUGCAAUGUCUAUUGCAACGUGGUAGGAAGAAGACAGUGGCAGUACCUUCUCCGAAUUUUGUAUUACGUUAACGUACCAAAUUCCUUAAACACGUUUCAGAUCUACCUUCCCACACAAAUAUCAUGUUGCAUUUCCAAUAGGUGAUGUGCUUGUGGAGAUUAGAUAGAAACACAAUGGGUUCUGAAAAUUGGAUGAAAAGUGUACAUGAUAAAAAACAACCUCUCUUUUCGUUCGGAUUGAUAUCCGAUGUGCAAUAUGCUGAUAUUCCUGAUGGUUAUUCAUUCCUCGGCAUUCCUCGUUACUAUAGGCAUAGCAUGCUUGUGUUACAAAGAGCAGUUCAAAGUUGGAAUAAUCAUCAUAGACAUAAAUUUGUGAUAAACUGUGGAGAUAUUGUUGACGGGUUUUGUCCGAAAGAACAAUCUUUUAAUACUGUAAAGAAAAUUGCGGGCGAAUUUGAUAAAUUCGAAGGACAGGUACAUCAUUUAAUUGGAAAUCACUGUCUGUACAAUCUACCUCGCGACAAGUUACUUCCGUUGUUGAAGAUUCGUAGUUCUGAAGGCCAUGGUUACUAUGAUUUUUCGCCCGUGCCUGAGUAUAGAUUUGUUUUUCUUGACGGAUAUGAUAUAAGUGCCAUCGGUUGGCCUCGAGAUCAUCCGAGAACAUUGGAAGCUAUGAAGUUACUCAGAGAGAAGAAUCCGAAUGAGGACAAGAAUAGUCCAACAGGUUUAGUUGGACUUGAAAGAAGGUUUCUUAUGUUCAACGGAGGCGUUGGAAAAGAACAAAUGGAGUGGUUGAACAAUGUUCUUCAAGAUGCAACAAAAUCGAAACAAAAAGUUGUGGUUUGUUGUCAUAUGCCUCUAGAUCCUGUCGCAUCGUCUAAGGAAGCAUUGUUGUGGAAUUACGAUGAGGUGAUGAGUUUGAUACAUAGAUACAGUUGUGUGAAGGUUUGUUUUUCUGGUCAUGAUCAUAAAGGUGGAUACUCCAUUGAUUCACAUGGGAUACACCAUAGAAUUCUUGAAGCUGCAUUGGAAUGUCCUCCUGGUAGAGAUUCAUUUGGAUAUGUUGAAGCUUAUCAUGACAGAAUAUCACUUUAUGGUACUGACAGAAUGCAGAGUACAAAUAUGUAUUUUAAUAAUGCUUAGAUGUGACCAAAUGAUUGCUCUUACUUAUUAUGUUUGUGUUGGUUCUGCGGUGACUAGAAUUUUGAUUCUGAGUGAAUUGAUCAUGUAGAAUUGAUUUCUGCUUUAUUUAAUAAACAUGGAUAAAGAAACUUGCAUUGAAA